UAUCCAGUCGAUUUUGUUCGUUUUGGGUGGAUUUUGUAGAUGUCGAAUUUGUCUCACGCGUAAUUAAAGAAAAUCUCCGUUCCUUGGGCAUAUCCUUGGAAAUUGAGACAGCUUGAAGUGAGAAUUUAUGGCACUACAACGAAGACGUUACAUAAAUGUUAAUGUGAACUCGACCAAAAGCUGAACGGAGUUUUUCCAUCCUAAUGAUUGCUAUAUUGCGCCCGACCAAUAAUUCACACUAUCAUCUAGUAUAUUGUUUAAAACGAAAUGAUUUUGUCGACCUACACUGUGUGUUCUGUUUUAGAUAUUUGCGAUUUUGAUCUAUCAAAUUUUUGUGAAAAGUGCUAAGUCGACGAAAAGUGGAAUCACCUGCACAAAAAAAUACCAAAGCAGAAGACACAUAGAAUUAAGAAAAGAAAACGGUCUAAUAUCUUCGUAUUUAGUAUACAAUCAAAGCAUUUCCUUAGCAAAGAUUACAAGAAUUUUCGGAUGCAUUCAUUGAGCUGGACGACGCGAGUGAUCUCGCGAGCGUUGCGUAGUGGAUUCUCUACGCUAUUAGAGACAGCUAGUAACGCGACCGCGAAUGUAAAUAGUGCCUCGAAACAACGCCCGCACUUUGUAUCUGUAGUGUGUGGUUUUCCCAAAGACUUCCUCACCUCUAAAUACAAGCCUGGCAAGUACGGCGAAGAUUCGUGGUUUAAGGCGUCAACCAUUAAUGCAGAUGUCUUGGGUGUAGCUGACGGCGUCGGUGGUUGGCGUAAUUAUGGAAUCGAUCCCGGUGAAUUUAGUUCGUUCCUAAUGAAAACUUGCGAGCGUCUAGUCCAUUGUGUUAAUUUUAAUCCCCAGCGUCCUGUUAAUCUCUUAGCAUAUAGUUAUUGCGAAUUGCUAGAACAAAAAAAGCCUAUUUUAGGCAGUAGCACCGCUUGUGUGCUCGUGCUGAAUCGUGAGAACAGCACUGUUUACACCGCCAAUAUCGGCGACAGCGGUUUUAUGGUGGUACGUAAGGGCGAAAUCAUCCAUAAGUCCGAAGAGCAGCAGCACUAUUUCAAUACACCCUUUCAAUUAUCGCUACCACCACCAGGACACGGUCACAAUGUGCUGAGCGAUAGUCCCGAUUCGGCAGAUACGAUUAGCUUUUCAGUGAAGGAAGGCGAUGUCAUAUUAGUGGCGACCGAUGGCGUCUUUGACAAUGUCCCCGAGCGUUUGUUGCUCGAUGUACUCAAAGAGUGUGAGGGAGUUACCGAUCCCGUGAAACUGCAAAUGACUGCUAACUCAUUGGCGUUGAUGGCGCGCUCAUUAUCUUUCGACAGCGAAUUCAUGUCCCCAUUUGCAAUCAAUGCCAGACGCAAUAAUAUUAAUGCAACAGGUGGUAAACCUGACGAUAUAACUGUGGUACUCGCUACUGUAGCAAUGUGAAAUUAAGUUAAUUUUAGGUUUAAUUUAUAAAACGUGCAAACCGUUUAGUUUUUUUCGCGCCCAUUAAACAAUGGCGUUGUGCAGCGGUGCUGCUUUCGUGCUGUGGUAUUAUUGCUGACAGAUCUUGAGAUCACAGACAAGUAAUACAGUUGAUCCCGUCAGUCAGUCGCAUGUUUGGUCAGUCUUAAGGUCAGGAAGUAAAUUGUGACACACUCGCAGGUGUGUGCUCCACAUCCUAUUACAACAACAAAAAAUGAACAUUUGCGAUGCUAAAUAAUUAUUAUUAUUAAUUGUACGUUCUGCUUUGUCAAAUAAUUAUUAGUUAGUUAUUUUUAGUUUAGAUUAUUUGUGAAUAUUCGUGUGUGAUCUUCUCUUUUUUUUUAAUUUAUUUUUUUUUGAUUUAGUGGCUCUUUUUUAGUAUUUCGUUAGGAUUUUCGCUUUUAAGUGCAAACAGUUUUUAUAACUACGUUACUAUCUUAUUGUGUACGCUUUAGUUAUGUAAAUCGUGAACGCGCUACUCUAUUCUUUUAUAUCUCCUCCCACCCUUUGUUCAAUCCUUUUGUUUUUUUUUAGAAAAAAAAAGAAAAGUAUCAAAAUGUUCGUGUUAUAUUUCAUGUAAAGUCUACCGUAUUUUACUUGUGUGCAUUGCAAUAUCAUUAUGGCUAGAGUUUAUAUGCAAUAAUAAUAAAUAGUCCGAGUACGUAUUUAUUGCCUGUCCACGAUUAACAUACACACAACAAAUAAAUUAUAUAAACAUAAUCAAACCAAGAUUUUUGAAACGAGAAAAAAUAAAAUUAUACAUUUUUAAAUGUUGCAAUCGAAUGAUAUGGAAUAUAGCGAAAAAAUAGAAAUGGCGAAGAUAAAAAAAUCAAUGUUUCCGUUCUUUGUAUUGCAAUUCGAAAAAUACUUCAUAUUACAGCGAAUUCGUCACUUUUCCAAAAUAUAAAUAUCAUUAUCUGCCAUCUAUACUAUGAAGCUUCAUACGAUAAUAAACAUUAAACGAAGUAACCGAAAUAUGUAAGAGCUAAUGCUAAUAUAAUAGUAGGAGUAGUUAUAGGAUGUUAAUCAAGUAAAUUCGGAAUUAACUCAUAAAAUAUGCGAAAAUUAUAGAUAAUACUAAAUUCAAAAUUGUUAUUAAGGAAAAAAAAAAAAAAACAAAUUGGACCGAAUGUUAAGCGGAAAUAAAUCUCAAAAUUCGUAAACAAAUAAUAAUUGGCUUUUGCUUAAUCAAUAUUAAUCAUAAUCAUCAAUACAUAACCGUACCAUUAAACGAAAAGAAUUAAUAAUGUUCUGAACCAUCGUUUCCUUUUGACAGUUUGAAUUAAUAUUUCGUAAAUCAAACUUACGAGUUUAAAUAAAUUGACAAUUUUAUAACCUUUUAUUGGCAAAUUUUUCUAAUAGCAUGAAAAAAAAUACAUUUUUACUUUUAAAACUAUGUCGCUGGAGAAACUUAAUAAUCGAGCAAAGUUUAAUUCCAAACACUAAUGCCAAACCUGUUGCCAUAUUGCGAUUCAUGGUAAAAUGUUCGACCUUCACUCAAGUCAGUGUACCGAAAAAGGUGACGUUGGUAAGAAAGAAAGAAAUCGAAUUAAAUGAAACCAUUUGUUGCAGAAAACCUUCAAUUAGUAAGAGUACGUUUGUGCCACAAUGUAGAAUUGAAUAGAAUGAUGCCAUAAAUACAAUAAAGAUUUCAGCAAUUAGUAAAACUUAAA